AUGGCAAAAAGUAGUAAAGAUACAAAAACUGUAGCAGCCACUGGUGAUAAGAAAAAUGCUUUAAAGCAUUAUGUAAUAAAAGGUCAAAAAAAAAUCCUUACCCCAGUACGAGCAAAAAAAACUAUUGCUAAAAAACACUAUGGAAGAAAAUUAGCUUCAAAGAAAAAAUUUGUUGUACAAAGAAAAAUGAGAAAAUCAAUUGAAGUAGGAAAAGUAGCUAUUAUAUUAACAGGAAAACAUAUGGGAAAACGAUGUAUAAUAGCUAAGGUAUUAAAAUCAGGCUUACUAGCUGUAGUAGGUCCAUAUGAAGUUAAUGGUGUACCUUUAAAAAGAGUAGAUCCAAGAUAUUUAAUAGUAACAUCAACAAACAUUUUUGAUUUUGAUAACUUAUCACAAAUCAAAGAGAAAUUUAUUCAAUCUGCUGAAAAAAUUCAUGAUGAAAUUUUCAGAAAAUCUAUGGAUAUUAAAAAAAGGCAAAAAAAAUUAUUAAAAAAUAAAGAUGAGGCCCUUUUUAUGAAUGAUGUUAUACAAAAAAUUAAAGAAAUACGAGAUUCUGAUCCAAAAAUGAAAAGAAUAAAAUUAUUACAAAAAGAAAUAGGAGAUAUAUUAAAACCAGAACUAUCAAAAGAUAAAAUGUUUAGAUCAUAUAUAAAAUCAAAAUUCACCUUAAGAAAUAAUAUGGCCUUUCACAACAUGAAAUUUUAA